AAGACAUACGCAGUCUAUGUGUUAAUAAUAUUGUAUUAUUGAGUAUGAUUCGAGAGUAUUAAUAAUGUUGGUUUCUUGUUCAACUGAGUACUUUUGAGAUAUAAACAUGGUUGAAUAUUCAGAUUCAGAAUUCAAAAAAAAGCUUAAGUUCUUAACAGUCUCACAGAAAGCAAUUCAAUCAUUGUCUACAUGGUGCCUUGAACGACAUGAACAUUACAAAAGCAUAAUCACUAUCUGGUCAAAUACUAUUAAGAAGGUGAAGAUCAAGAAACGUUUGCUUUUGUUUUAUUUAGCCAACCAUAUCAUACAAUACAGUAAGAGACAGAAUUACAAGUUUGUUGAUAGAUGGAAAAUUGCUAUUCAAAAAGCCAUCCCUUAUGUCAGAGAUGAAGAAAUACUUACUCAAAUUUUAAGAAUUAUUAAAAUUUGGAAAGAACGACGUGUAUAUAAUCAUAGUUAUUUAGCUGAUUUAACUGGCUUGUUAUCUACUCAAAAUCAGAAAUUAAAAUUAGCCAAUCCUGUACAAUGUUGUCAAGCAUGUUUCAAAAACGUUGGAAAAGUGAAACUUCUAGAGAAGCAAUUGAAAUCCUUGAUUGGUUCUAUGCCAAAAGAUUGUCGACUGCAUUCACCUGAUAUUAUGCAGUCAUUCUCUUCAACAUCUUCUAUGUCUAAUAAAGACUUAAACAUACAUAAUAUCAAUUAUGAUACUGUAUUAAACUCUGAUGACAUUGAUAGCAUUAAUGAUACUGAUAUUGAUGUACCCACUAUAAUUAUCAAUAAUAUUAAGUCAUGUAUUACUCCUGAAAAUUCUAUAACUGAACAAGAAUUGUAUGACCCAGCUUCUGUGAGUAUUCCAGCGAUGGAAAUCGAAGAUCAACAAUCAUUAACCAUCCAGUUUCCAGAUACUCCAUCACCGCCUCCAGAUGAGACUUUUAUGAAUAACAAUAAUAAAAGUUCUAUAGAAUGUGCAAGUAGUUAUGGAGAUUAUGUACAUACUCCAAUAUCAUCUACCCAUAAUUUUAUAACUUCCGGGGUCACUAUAAAUAUGACACCUCCAACUAAUUCAUCAUCAAUUAUAAAUGAAAAUACUUUACCAGUUGCUCAUGUUCCACAAUCUGCUUGGGAUGUAACUGAACACAACGACGGGUCAACAAAUGACUCACCAGCAUCAAAUUAUGGAGAUACAGGAAUAGAUCACUGUUCCUUAGCAUCGAAAAUAACAGAUAAAGAUGAAAUAGUUUCUCCAGAAACGAUAACUAAAACUUCUGUUAUUGACCACAGAAACUUAAUUAGUUUAACACAUUCUUUUCAUAAUAGUUCACCAACGGUAUCUGAUUACCAAGCAUUUUCAAACAUUAUUAUAUCAGCGCCACAUCUAGAUUUGCUUAUGAAAACAAUCAGUAAAUCACAAAAUAAUUUAGAUAAAUCAGAAAAUUUUGAUAUGGAUUUAAGUGACGAUGAUCAAAAAUAUUUUGAAUCAUUGCUACCGCCAUCGCCACCACCAAUUAAACCACUGUCACCACCUAUGUCUAAAUCAACGCACCCGCCGUUGCCACCACCAUUAUUAUCACCAAUAAAAACGCCACCAUCAAUGUCACCACAAAUGAAACCACCUAUGCCAACAUCAAAUCUACUGCCAUUGUUACCAUCAAUGUCACCAUCAAUGAACCCACCAAUGCCACUACCUAUGUCUAUAUCAACACAACCGCCGUUGCCACCAGCAUUAUCACCACAAAUGAAACCACCAACACCACCACCUAUGCCUACAUCAAAUCCACUGCCAUCGCCACCACCAAUUAAACCACUGUCACCACCUAUGUCUAAAUCAACGCACCCGCCGUUGCCACCACCAUUAUUAUCACCAAUAAAAACGCCACCAUCAAUGUCACCACAAAUGAAACCACCUAUGCCAACAUCAAAUCUACUGCCAUUGUUACCAUCAAUGUCACCAUCAAUGAACCCACCAACGCCACUACCUAUGUCUAUAUCAACACAACCGCCGUUGCCACCAGCAUUAUCACCACAAAUGAAACCACCAACACCACCACCUAUGCCUACAUCAAAUCCACUGACAUUGCAAAAAUCAAUGAAACCACCGUCACCACCUAUGUCUAAAUCAACGCACCCGCCGUUGCCACCAUUAUUAUCAUCACCAAUUAAACCACCACCACCACCACUUCCAUUGCUACCAUCAUUGAAACCACAAACGCCACCACCUAUGCCAACAUCAAAGUCAUUGCCACCUCCAACGUCACUACUUAUGACUACGUCAACGCAACCGCCAUUGCCACCAGCAUUAUCACCUCCACUGAAACCGCCACCGCCUCAUCUAGAUUUUCUUAUGAAUGCAAUCAGUAAAUUACAAAAUAAUUUAGAUAAUUUAGAAUGUAUUGAUAUGGAUUUAAGUGACGAUGAUCAAGAAUAUUCUGAAGCAUUGCCACCACCAUUACCACCAUCACCACCGCCUCCGCCGCCGCCGCCGCCGCCGCCGCCGCCACCGCAAAUGCUACCACCCAUGCCAACAUCAACGCAAUCGCUGUUGCCACAACCAUUACCACCACCAACGCCACAACUUAUGUCUACAUCAACGCCUCUGCCAUUGCCACCACAAAUGAAACGACAACUGCCACCAUCUAAGCCAACAUCUUUUUACUUGCCUUUUAACUUGGUCCAUCAAAGUGUACCAAAUGUUACAUACCAGUUGGAAAAAUCUUCCCAACCACGGGAUUUAAAUAAAAUCCGGUCGAAUAUAGAACAACAAUGUUAUUCAAAAUUUGUAUCUAAUCAAUCUCAAAUUCAAUGGCCUGCACAUGUUCAGGGAAUCAAAUCUAAAGAAAAUUUCACGCCAAAAUGGAGGGGAAGAAGAAUGAGUAUUUGGCCAUUAAGAGAUCCUAGAACUUACAAUCAAAAUUCUAGACCAGCUGAUACAUUGAAUCAGGGAUCACGUAUUGGGCCCGAGGAAUCAGCCUUGAAAAUCCAAACCAAAGGAGAUUUUACGCCAAUAGGGAAGGAAGGAAAAAUGUAUUCGCCGUCAAGAGAUCCAAGAAUUAUCAAGCCACAUUCUACACUAGCUGGUAAUUUGAAUCAGGGACCACAUUUUGGCUCCGACGAAUCAAACUUGAAUUGCAGAAAAAUUGAAGAACCGGCUCCAACGCCCAAAUAGAAAAUAAUCAAAACUUGUAACUAAAUAGUAACUGGAUGGUUUUAUUUUAUCUAUGAAGAAUGACAUUUCAAACAUGAGUGUUAAAUGUUAAGUAUUUUAAUAUCAAUUGUAUCUUGUAUU